AAACAAUUGGAAGUUGUCGAUUGAAUUUCCCUCCUCCAUUCUCCCUCUCCCACUCCCACGCCGAUCGAGGUCUGCCGUCGAAUCCCUUCCCCACCGGUGAACAGAACUCAAUUACGCCCAAAACCAGUCUCAAUGGCGUCGAGCUCGACUCCCUCUGUGAGGGACCACGCCUCCGGAAGGCUCAAGAGGGCUGCUUCUACUCUCGCCGAGGAUACGCAGUCUCUCGUCAGCGAAAUCAAAAAAGCCUUCACAAUGGUGAAAAAUAUUGCAGUUGAUCUGGAAAGAGAGAAAGAAUCGACAAAGGUCAAGGAGCUUGAAACUCUAGCAGUUCAGUUGUCAGAAUCUUGUGAUAACUGUAUCCGUCAUGCAUCAGCAAUUCAUACUGUGGGAAAUGAAUAUCAGCCUACCUCAGAGUUCACUGAUUUCAAAAAGUUGCUUGAUGAGCAAUUUAUGAAGCUCAAGGCUAUGCCUUCACAGAAUGAUCGACUAAUCCGUCAAUUUCAGGAAGCUGUUUGGAAUGUUCAUCAUAAAGGUCAGCCAAUGCCGGGUGAGGAGGAGGAGGAUAUCGUGAUGACGAGCACCCAGUCCAACCUGCUGAAUGUGAAAUGUCCUUUAAGUGGCAAAAUGAUUACUGACCUAGCAGAACCAGUUAGAAGGUGCUGCACAGUGCUUUCUUUCGUCGGCCACCCUUUUCAGUCUAAAGUGUUCGCUAUAACAAUUUUUUUGCUGUGUAGUAUGGACUGCAAGCACAUCUAUGAGAAGGAGGCCGUCAUCGCUUACUUACCCCAGAAUGGAAAUAAAAAACAAUGCUGCAUAGCAGGUUGUCCCAAGUUCCUGCAAGCCCAUAGGCUAGUAUGUGAUCCGUUUCUGCUGACUGAAAUUGACGAACUACGCUCAAUGAAUCAACAAACCGAACAGGCUCAAAACGUCGAAGAUUUCACUGGACUUGACGAUGAAGACUAGGACAUUGUAGAUGACUUUAUGAUUUGCAUUCCCAUGAACCAGAAGACGAUUUGGUACUAGUGCGACCUUUAGAAGUUGAAACACUUUUUCAUGUCAUCUGAUGUAAUUAAUUUAUACACUGAUCUGGACAAACAAGGAUGGAAAAGAAGAUUUGGACCAACAUCAGUGGCUUAACUUGUGGUUGCCAAAGUUCUGCAGAAAGCUUCAGUCUUGUACUGCAGCAGUUCUUGAGCAUGUUCAAGUUCAACUGGAAGGUAAUCUUACAUUGAACUGACUGGCAUUGUAAAAGAACAAUAGGGACUAUCACAGCAAAAGCUUGAACUCAGAAUACUUUUUAGAUGAUUGCUAAUGUUACCUUCUUCCGUUGUCAUUAGAUUAACACUUCA